AUGCGCGAUGAUCGCCAGCUGUCAGUAGAGAUGGGCCACCCUGGGUCUGCCAAUUUCAAUGUUCACAGUCUGCUGACUGUAAUCUGGCUGCUCCUAUAUACCUGCACUUAUAUUCGAUCCUUAACUCUCAGUGUCCUGGACAGAAACAAAACUGAACUAUUGGGUAUAUUUGGGAAGUGUGCCACAACUGGUGAACAGAAAAGUCCUCAUGUCGCUGUAUGUUGUAGAGUGAUGGCAUUCAGCCUCCUGUUCACACAGUAG